UUCACCUUUUCUUCUUUCCAUUUUCAAAGUGAAUUCAUUCCCUUUCUCUCUCUCUCUCCAUCACACAAAACACAAUUACACUGACCCUUCUUCAUCCUUUCCCCAUUCUCGCCUCCUUUGACUGCCCUCGCCAGAAAUCGCCAGCCCCCGGAGUCCCCAAUUUCAGCUCCGCCCCCAGCUCCAACAAUCGGGAAAGCACACAGAGAAAUAAAGGCACCAUCCUGUUCAAGGUUUCUGGGCUUCAAUUACAACAUGGGUUGUUUCCCUGUAUUGAAGAGUAAGAAGAAGAAAUCCGAGCACACGACCUACUUCAAGCCCAAUAAUAAAGAUCAUAAAGACCACCCACCUGCCGCGCUACCAGAACCCCAGAUACGAGCCCGGUCGCUCCAAUCAGCCCCGCCUAGUUUCAAGACCCGAGUGAAGCCUGUUCAGACAGUUUAUAAAGUAACCAACAAUAGGAUGCGCGCACUCUCUGCACCCUCAGCCCUUGAUGCAGCGGAACAGGAUGCCCUGUCCUCAGUAGAAUAUGACGAGACUGAGGAUUCGAGGUAUCGUGUUUCUAUCAGGGAACAGCAGCAGCAAUCUCCACAACCUCUCCCUCUUCCAUCACCACAGAGCACUGCAACCCUGAAGCCUGCCGGAAGCUUCAAAUCUGUUUCCAGCAGUGGUUCUCUGUAUACCUCAGGGCCUCUGCCUUUGCCCCCUUCUGGGACGCUUCGCAAUUUCUCGUACGAUGAAAUUUCGGCCGCUUGUCAUAAUUUCUCUUCAGAUCGGUGCAUCUCCGAAGGCCUUUCGUUCGUGAUGUAUAAUGCUUCGUUUGGGGAUGAUGCUUCAGGUUCAAAAAAGUUUGAAGCAACAGUUACUCGUCUUCAAACUUCUCACCAGAGCAUAAAGGAAUUGUUAAAUGAUGCGAACACCCUCGCAUCGUUGCAGCACCCAAAUCUCUGUAAGCUUCUUGGUUACCAUGCACGUGAGGGUUCAGAGCAGAGAGCUUUAGUCUACGAGAGGCUCUACCAUGGAAGUUUGGACCGUCUACUCCAUGGGAGGUCUGAUGGGCCUCCAAUUGAUUGGAACACCCGAGUGAAGAUUGCCUUGUGUGCAGCUCAAGGCCUAACUUUCUUGCACGAAGAGGGCCCAUUCCAGGCGAUGUACAAUGAAUUUUCCACCGCUAACAUACAAAUCGACAAGGACUUUAGUGCAAAGCUUUCAGGAUAUGGUUGCGGGGGCCACAUUCCUGAUGCUGACAUCUCAAAUAGCUCCAUGGCUUUGGGUAACCUCUCGGUGGAGACGCUUGAGAGAGGACUACUCACCCCAAAGAGCAACGUCUGGAGCUUCGGAAUCGUCCUUCUCGAGCUCCUCACGGGCCGAAAAAAUCUCGACAGUCGUCAUCCAAAGGAGGAACGAAAUCUUGUCAAGUGGAGCCGACCAUUUUUGGCUGAUGACUGUCGAUUAACUCUCAUAAUGGACCCACAGCUCAAGGGUCGGUUCCCCGCUAAGGCAGCCCGAACAGUUGCAGACAUGGCCCAGAAGUGCCUCCAGAAGGACCCAUCGGAGCGGCCCACGAUGAGGACCAUUGUAAACCACCUCAAGAUCAUACAGGAUAUGAAGUAUUCGUGUCGAUUCCCUCUUCAAGAGCCCGCAGCAAUCACGGGGAAGCAAAUGUUGAGAUCCCCGAGUCUCAAUGGGAUCAUGACCCCCGCCCCGAGGUUGAAUUUCUCACCUUCCCCACCCUCACGGGCACUGCCCUCAAUCUCUCCAAAGAGACUGCCCGGGCCUACCCUUCCCAUGUCUCUUCCUCCCUGUGCGUGCUCCUCAACCCUCUCCAUGGAGGAGCUCGGUCUUCAAGAGAGCCGUAAGUCAUCAUCAUCAUCGGCUCUCAGGAGAGCUAGUGUUGAAGGUUUUUGAGAUUGUUGAUAGAGGUUCAGCGCUUUUCAGUUUCUUUUUUUUUCCUUUUUCCUUGUUUCCAAUUCUUGGCGGGUAUUUGUGGCUCGUAUAGAAGAUGAAGAUGUGGUUUUUCACUCCACCUUCCUCGGUUCAUCCCUCUCCGAUGAUAUGAUGAAGAUAAUGAUGAUGAUGGUGAAAGGGGCAGAGAGUGAAUGAUGGUUUUGUAGAUAAGAGUGCUGAUUCCUUAUCAGUUGGUUCUUUUUUUCGAUUUUAUAAUAUUACUAUAGGAAGAAUGCCCAUUUACAAGAGUGUUCAUGGCCUUGUUCUCUCCAUUGCCCCUAUAUUGUAUGUAUAUAUUACUAGUUUGGUAUAAUAUAUAGUAGGGCAGUAGGAAUAAGACUCUUUCCUUUGUUCAAGUACAGUGGUAACUGGCAACUGCCCUUUAUCGAUUGGUCGCGAGCCAUAUUCCUUCUGUUUACA